GACCCUGGCAAAUGGGGGCCUUGGCGGUGAAUCGGGUCAUCCAUCCAUCCAGUCUCCAGUCCUCCUGCUCAAAAUUUCUCGGGCCCUGACGACACCUCGGUUCAUAUUUGUUCUCCCCAGCUGCACCUUCCGUCCGUACGCUGCGACGUCCUGCCCUGUCUUCACCCACCUUGAAAUCUCUGACCUUGUCACACCUCCUCCCCUCUAAUCUAUCCACGCCGAACUUCGCUCCACGCCAGCAUGGGUGCUUUCGUCUCUCAGCCAUCCGCCUUCACCGAGGCCGACAAGCAGGCUCUCGAGAAGCAAAUCGCCGACAAGACAGAGACCAUCAGCGUGCUCGAGGGCGACCUCGCCAAGAAGGAGAAGGAAUUCAACACAACAUCCGAAGAGGCCAAUGACCUGCGCAAGAAAAUUGACGAGCUCAACCGCCAGCUCGAGGCCAGCGGCUCCCAGGGCACCGCCUCCCAGGCCGAGGUCGCGUCUCUGAACGCUCGCCUGCAAAAGGCGGCCGAGGAGAGCAAGGGCUUGGCAGACGAGGUCGCACAGCUGAAGCAGCAGCUGUCCAAGGCCGAGACCGACAGCGCCGGCCUCAACUCCCAGAUCGCCGACCUCAAGACCCAGCUGGCUCAGGCAACAGAGGAGCGCGCUGCUCUCGAGGCAUCAUGGAAGAAGGAGAUUGAGACCCUCAAGGCCCAGGCUGCCGAGGCCGACAAGAAGCGUGCCGAGCUGCAGGAGGCCUUCUCCAAGCUCGACAGCGAUAUGGCUGCUGCCGGCAAGGCGCUCGAGGCCCAGAAGAAGGCCACCACCGACGCUGAGGACAAGAGUCGCACCCUGUCCGAGACAAACGACAAGCUCAAGGCAGACUCGGACGCCAAGCUUGCCGACCUCAACAAGACCAUUGCCGAGCUGCAGGCGGCGCAGACUGCCGCCAAAAAGGAGAUUGACGAGUGGAAGGCAAAGCACGGCAGCCUUGAAGCCUCGAGUGCCUCUGCAUCAAAGGAGGCGAGCGCUGCCCAGGAGCAGUUGAAGAACGCGCAAGAGCUCAACAGCAAGCUCGAAGCCAGCAUCGCCGACGCCAAGAAGCAGGUCGCCCAGCUCGAGGAGGCCCAGAAGAAGAUGGAGGCGGAGCACGCCGCGCAGCUGAAGGAGGCCACCGCCAAGACCGACUCGCUCGAGGCUGGCAAGAAGUCCCUUGCCGAGGAGAAUGAGUCGCUCAAGAAGGCUCAGGAGGAGGCCAAGACUACAUUGGCCGAGUCCGGCUCCAAGGUCCAAGACGCGGAGAAGAAGCUCGCGGCUGCCACCGCGGAGGUCGAGACUCUGAAGAAGGCGCAGGAUGAGGAGAAGGCCAAGUCGACUGAGGCUGCCAAGAAGGUCGAGGAGUCUGAGGCCAAAGCUGCCGAUGCUACCAAGCAGCUCAAGGAAGCGGAAAACAAGCUCCAGGUCGCUACCGACGAGCUGGCGGCGUUGAAAAAGGCACAGGAGGUGUCGGAGGCCAAGGCUGCUGAUGCGUCCAAGAAGAGUGAAGACGCUGAGGCCAAGGCUGCCGCUGCCAGCAAGAAGAUUGAGGAGGCUGAAGCUAAGGCUGCUGAGGCUUCCAAGAAGGUCGAGGCUGCAGAGGCCAAGGCCGCCGAGGCUAGCAAGAAGGUUGAGGAGGCUGAGUCCAAGGCCGCUGACGCCUCGAAGAAGCUUGUCGAGGCUGAGGCAAUGGCGGCCGCUGCCACCAAGAAGGUCGACGAGGCUGAAGCCAAGGCUGCCGCUGCCACCAAGAAGGCUGAGGAUGCCGAGGCCAAGGCUGCGGAAGCCUCGAAGAAGAUUGAGGCGGCUGAGACCAAGGCUGCCGACGCAAGCAAAAAGGUCGACGAGGCUGAGGCCAAGGCCGCUGAUGCGUCGAAGAAGGUUAGCCAGGCCGAGUCUGUGGCUACCGCUGCCACCAAAAAGGUCGAGGAGGCUGAAGCAAAGGCUUCCGCUGCUAGCAAGAAGGCCGAAGAGGCUGAGUCCAAGGCUGCUGAGAAGGCCAAGGACGCCGAGUCGAAGACCGCUGCUGCUACCAAGAAGGCUGAGGAUGCUGAGUCCAAGGCUGCCGCUGCCAUCAAGAAGGUCGAAGACGCCGAGUCCAAGGCUGCUGCCGCCGCCAAGAAGACCGAAGAAGCCGAGUCCAAGGCAUCAAAGGCUCAGAGCGUAAGUUCCCAUCGCAUUCCAAGACCCUCGCGUGCUAAUUCCACCCCCAGGACAACAAGGAACUCGAGUCAAAGGUCGCCGACAUCCAAGCACAGGCCAACAAGGCCUCAGAGGCCGAAAAAGAGAAGAAGGCCCUCGCCGAGAAGGUGGAGGCUCUCGAGGCCAAGAUCAAGGCCAUUGAGCUCGAGGCCGCCAAGGCGACCAACGGGAAGGCCAAGGAAACAACCGAGGCGCCCCAGGACACGGAUGGCGGCGCGCCCGUGGAAGCUGUCGCCGCCUAAGAUGCGGGACGUCGACGGCGUGUUUGAACACCAUUCUUAUUAAUUAUUGAUCUGCGGCGCGUGCGUGUGUUACGGGAGGAGCUGGGACGUCUAACGAAUGUACAUGACAUAAGGUAAUGUCUGACGUGAUUCAUGCGAUAUGGCGAGCGUUCGAUACCCAUCCAUAGUUUUGAUUCUCAAUCUCUACUUAUUCUUUCUAUCCAAGAUAAGCAUGUUCUCCGACCCCGUGUUAGCAGCUGCACGCCCAUUCUUCUGCUUCUUCUCACUAAGGCAUGUCACACGUUUGCCAAAGACAUGAAUAGUGAGCAAACGCGGUGGAUCCCAGUACUUAUCAUGUACUUUGGCUUCGUGAGGAUCGGGGCCACCCGUCUCAAGCAAGGUGGCUGCGCAAAAUAGCAGCAGCGAACCAACUGCAUAAGGCACUGUAACGCCGACACAGGGGGCUAUGCUGCAAGGAGCAUACACAUACGAGUGCGGGGGAUGCGAGCGGAGUCGAUGAUUUUCUGGGUGAAGAUUGAAUGCCCCUGUACUC